AUCAAUCAAUCCAUAACACAAUCCUUACAAUACCAACUAUGAUAUCAAAGCACUUCAACGCUUAAAACGAGUGUAAUCAAACUACCAUUAAAAUGCGCUCCACGCAUUCAAACACUCAAACCAAAAGUCUGAACAAACCACCUACAAAUGGAACUCAAGGAUUCAAACAUUCAAUAAGAUUCUGCGCACUAGCCUACCAUCAAAAGGAACGGUCAUUCAAACAUUCAGAUAAGAGUCAGAACUACCACAAAAAGAAUCACACACUCUGUUGUGAGUCUUAGUCAUUCAAACAAACUUCAAUCAUCAAAAAUUGCAAACUAUCAAAUUGUGGCCAUUACCAAAGGCAAC